AUCUCGCGCAUGCGUACAAUCAUUAUUAACGACAAGAUUGGUUAGUGUUUCCCAUCUCUAACCUUUCACUCUCCGCUUGAUUUAAGUCAUCGAGUUACACUUCUGUCGGUAGAUUUUCCUUAUUCCAGGAUGCUACAGUUCUUGGCUGGUUUCACCCUGGGGAACGUGGUGGGGAUGUACCUCGCUCAAAACUAUGAUGUUCCAAACAUAGCCAAGAAAAUUGAAGAUUUCAAAAAAGACGUGGAGGCCAAGAAGAAGCCCCCAGAGUGAGCAAAGGGGAACCAUUUUGCAAGAAAGAACAGAUGGGCUCAAAUGCAGAGAAUCUAUUUAUUAUACAGGGUUAUGGUGUAAAUGCGUUGAAUUCAACAUAUAAAAUAUGUGUAAGGAUACAGUGCCUGGGACAGUAUUGGUUUCCUCCCUUACUUUUAUAGGCAUGUUCUCAUUGUAGCCUAUUUUUUAUAUAAUGUAAUUAUACAAGAUUUGAAGAACAUUAGGACUAACUACUGGGAUCACUCAAGUCCAGAAACAUGGCACUGCUGGCUGGCUUUUUUUUAUGCACUAUGGUGUUAACAUGUGGCAUUUUUUGCUCCACAUAUGGUGCACAUUACAUUCUCCAAAAUACAUAAUAUUUCAUGCAUUUUCCUGUUAUGACUUCCGAUUCCACACAGAUAAGAUUUUUUUUUCUGUAACUGCCUUUCAAAUUGUCAGUAACAUUUGCCAACCUUGCUAUAUUUGUACAAAUAUAACUGAUCAUUCAGCUUCAAAUAAAGUUGUUGUUGACAAUU